ACGAGCUCGAAUCGUUCAUUGACAGUUUGAUAGGUGCUGUAGCAGUAGAAGAUAGAUCUUUUCCAUCUUUGGUAACGGAGGAUGCUUCUAUUUUACCGGAACGUUCAAGCUACGCGAUAGAUGGCGAUAGCAGGAAUUUAGUAACGGAAUUACUCCAAGAUAGACAAAAUAGUAUCAACGAUCACAAUAAACCUUCUAAUGAAGGUCCUUCUGGCUCAAACGCCACGACAAAUGCUCUCAAUGAUCUACUCAAAUUCGUCAAUUCUACCUUUGCAGACGCUGAGCUCCACGAUAAAAUCAUCAACGAGGUGUCUUCUCUCUUAACGUCAUCAAGAUCUACGGACGAUAUUUCCUCAGCACUAGUAGAUACUCUUGGUUUUGAUGCCUUUGAUGUCAUUUCUAUUGUACUCGCCAACAGAGCUGAGCUUGCCAGAGUUCUGGCCGACGUCGUCGCAAUGAAUACUCAAAACGCUGAACAACACACUAAGGCUUUCAAGCGCGAGAAAGGUCGCCUUAAUAACGAUAUAGAAGAAUCUUAUUUAGCGAUAACUCCAGAAGAAGCUCGCAGACGUAAGGAAGAAGAACGUCAAGCCAAUGCUAAACGUCCACUCUUUUCUAACGAAGGAGGUAUGGUCGAAGAACCGAACUAUCCUCAUGUCUACAAAAAUGCAGCUAAUGGUGGAAACAUUCUUUCUGCCAUGGGGUCGCGUUAUUUAUUACCUUUGGGUACAACAAAGGAUCACUUUGACAACUAUGAUGAAAUCACUAUUCCGCCAUCGAAACCUAUACCACCAAAACUACAUGAGCGUAUUGUCGAUAUUGGCGAGAUGGACGCGCUAUGUCAGCGUUCUUUCAAGGGUUAUGAAAAGCUCAACCGUGUUCAAUCCGUUGUAUAUCCAACUGCUUACACUACCAAUGAAAAUAUGCUCGUCUGUGCACCAACAGGAGCUGGUAAAACAGAUGUUGCAAUGCUUACUAUUUUAAGAGUUGUUUCACAAUUUGCAGAUGAGAACAAGCUUACAAAUGGACCUGGUAAAGGUAAAGGCUCAUCAAGCUUCGGUGUACGCCUUGACGAUUUCAAGAUCAUCUACGUUGCACCUAUGAAAGCACUCGCUGCAGAAAUAACAGCAAAACUGUCCAAAAGACUGAGUUGGCUAGAUAUUAAGGUUCGCGAGUUGACAGGUGAUAUGCAAUUAACAAAGGCUGAAAUUAAUGCUACUCAAAUCAUUGUAACCACACCUGAAAAAUGGGAUGUAGUUACUCGCAAACCUACUGGUGAAGGUGAUCUUGCUUCAAAGGUUAAACUAUUGAUCAUUGAUGAAGUACACUUACUCAAUGAAGAUAGAGGUGCCGUAAUCGAAACAAUCGUUGCAAGAACUUUGAGACAGGUAGAGGCUACACAGUCGCUUAUUCGAAUUGUUGGAUUGAGCGCUACGUUACCUAAUUAUGUUGAUGUUGCAGAUUUCCUUAGAGUAUCUCGUUACAAGGGUUUGUUCUACUUUGAUGGCUCAUUCAGACCUAUACCUCUGGAGCAACAUUUCAUUGGCGUCAAAGGUAAACCAGGUAGUUCGCAAUCAAAGAAGAAUCUUGAUCAAGCAGCCUAUGAAAAAGCUAUUGAACUCGUUGAACAGGGUCAUUCAGUUAUGGUUUUCGUUCAUGCACGUAAAGAAACUGUAAAGACAGCUGAAACGCUUAUGGAGUUUGCCAAGAAAGAUAAUCAACUCGAUUCGUUUGAUUGCUCUGAACAUCCACGCUAUCAUGUAUACAAGAGAGAUAUCGCUCAGUCAAGGAAUAGAGAGAUGAAGCAGCUCUUCGACAAAGGCUUUGGUAUUCAUCAUGCCGGAAUGUUGCGUUCUGAUAGGAGUAUGAUGGAGAAGAUGUUUGAAGAUGGCGCUAUCAAAAUACUGUGCUGUACCUCUACCCUGGCUUGGGGUGUCAACUUACCUGCACAUGCCGUUAUUAUCAAAGGAACGCAGGUUUAUGAUAGCAAUAAGGGUGCGUUUUCCGAUCUGUCAAUCUUGGAUGUACUUCAAAUUUUCGGUAGAAGUGGUCGUCCAGGUUAUUCUACGAGCGGUGUUGCAUGGCUAUGUACGUCUUACGAAAAGUUGGAUGAUUACAUCCAAGCUGUUCUAUCUUCUCAUCCAAUCGAAUCGAAGUUCCACACAGGUAUCGUUGACGCAUUAAACGCUGAGAUCUCGUUGGGUUCUGUUUCAAAUGUAAGCGAGGCCAUCCAAUGGCUUUCCUUCACUUACAUGUUUGUCCGUAUGCGCAAGAAUCCUUUAAUGUAUGGUAUGGAUCAUGACGAACCGUUGAAUGAUCCUCUAUUGGGUAAUAAACGCAACAUGCUCAUUAUGUCUGCUGCACGUCAACUUGCGCAAGCUAAAAUGGUCACUUUUGACGAAAAUGAAAUGGUUUUUGAAUCCGAUGAUUUAGGUAAAAUUGCGUCUAAGUUCUAUAUUUGCCACGAAUCUAUUAGUAUAUACAACAAAGAGCUCACACAAACAAUGUCGGAAGCUGAUAUCUUGGGAGUCCUUUGUCAGUCAGUUGAGUUUGAUCAAAUACAAAUGCGUGAUUCUGAAGUACCAGAAUUAAAACAUCUUAUGGAGGAUAUUUGUCCUUGCCAAGUUAAAGGUGGUACUGACACAAGUCAGGGGAAGUGUAACAUCCUUUUACAAGCUUAUAUCAGUAGAGCCUACAUUGAUGACUUUGCUCUCGUGUCAGAUUGUAAUUACGUUGCGCAAAAUGGUGCUCGUCUUAUAAGAGCCCUAUUGGAAAUUAGCUUGAGUCACAAGUGGGCUGUGACCGCUGCUUCACUUAUAUCAAUGAGCAAAGCACUCGAGCAACGCUUGUGGCCUUAUGAACACCCUAUGAAACAGCAAUUUGGUCUCAGAAAUGAAGUCAUCUAUAAUAUCACUCGAUGGGCAGAUGAAAGCACUAUAGAGGAAUUAGUAGAGCUAUCGCCAGCUGAACUAGGAACUUUAAUUCAUUUAAACGAAUCACAUGGGGCUGCUCUACAUAGGGUCCUGAAGAGUUUCCCUACCCUAUCACUCCACGUUCACUUGAAACCAUUAAGUCAUGAAGUACUGAAAUUGCAAAUUCAAGUCACACCUAACUUUACUUGGAAUGAAAAAAUAAGUGGGAGUCUGGAAACAUUCUUUUUAAUCGCUGAAAGUGAGGAUGAACUUGACAUAUUACAAUGGUCAAAUGUCCAAAUAAGGCCAACAACUGAGGAAGUGAAUGUUGAUUUCAUAUUGCGAAUCGACGGUAGCAAGCAGAUAGAUUUCAUUAACAUCAGAACAGCUUCAGAUCGAUGGCUAGGAUCUGAGGAUCUGGUUUCGGUCUCUUUAGAAAACCUGGUAAUGCCAGCACCACCAAAUCCUUCAACUAAGCUUAUUGACCUGCCUUUCUUGUCAACUUCUUCGCUUAGUAAUCUUAAAUUAGAAUCCGCAAUGAACAAUAUUGGCGUUCGAAAUUUCAACUCGAUCCAAACUCAAUGUUUUGAGUCUUUCUAUGCUUACACCGAAAAUAUUUUGCUAUGCGCGCCAGUAUAUUCUGGUAAAUCAACACUUUCUCAACUUGCUAUCUGGAGAGCAUUUACAAUGCAGCGCAAUACACGUACUUUGAUACUCACGCCAAGUACUGCAUUAGCAAGAGAAACUGCUCAUGUUAUUACCACCAAAUUCUCAAAAGCAAUGAGUGUCAAUGUUGUUAAUCUCACUUCUGAUCCUGAGCAACGCAAAUCACAUUUGAAACAAAACAGAGUUGUGUUCGUUUGUAGUGCAGAGGUUCUUAUGAAGAUACUUCAAAGUGGACAAACAGAUGAAUUAGUGAAUGAUUUAUCAACCAUAGUUGCCGACGAUCUUCAUCUUCUGAAUUCUACCUAUGAACUAUCACUUUCUUUACUCAAAUUAAAAGCCAGUACUAGUCGUUAUGUUGGUAUUAGUGCAUCCCUUGAUAAUUUCGAGGAUUUAAGAAAGUGGUUAAGUGUGGACCCAGCACUCGCGUAUAACUUUACACCACAGCAUCGAAACUUGGCAAUAAGUACAAGUAUCCAGACGCAUUCAGUGACACCAAUGUCAGCUUUCAUGAAAGCUCUCGUGAAACCAACGUACUCGUUGAUUAAAUCCGCAUCUAAGGGUGCAAUACUCUUUGUGCCUACACGCACUCAAUGCAGAAGCGUCGCUUCAGACUUGAUUACAUUAUCAGCCACAGAUUCUGAUUUAAUUGGAUUAGCAACGGAAGAAUCAAUAGCAUUGGAGCCUUAUUUAGACAGGCUUUCUGACAAAUCAUUAGCUGGUUAUCUUCUGAAUGGUAUCGGUGUUUAUUACACUGGUUUACCAGUAGAAGAUCUUGCUUUAACACUGGAAUUGUUUGUUACUGGAAUUUUACGCGCUCUUAUUGCGCCUAGAGAUAUGUGCUGGUCAAUGCCAGUACGGGCAUCUAGCGUAUGUGUGUUGAACACGCAAUACUUAACAACGAAGAGUAAAACUCCUGUUGGUGACAGAGAUAAGGUUGAUAAACAGAUUCAAGAAUACAGCCUUCCAGAAGUUGCACACAUGCAAGCAUAUGCAAGUGUCGAUAUCGAAGGAGAUACUGAUGCAUCGCGUGAAUUCGUUGUAAUGGCUCACGAAAACGGUAACAAAGAGCUGUAUGCCUAUUUCCUCAAUUCUGGUUUACCACUUGAAUCUCGGUUGAUGGAAGAUGACGUAUUAUUAGACUAUGUAGGAUACGAAAGACAAGCUGGAAGGUUGAAUGAGCUUCAGGAAGUAAGCAACCUACUGAAGGGAACAUUCUUCUACCGUCGGUUGAGUACGAAUCCUACUUAUUACAAUUCAAACAGUAGCGAAAGCAGAAACGAAGCUGUCAAAUCAUUCUCAAAAGCCAUUUUGGGCUCACUCGAUAAGGUUUCAGGAUAGAUUGUAUACCUUUUAUUUUGUUACAUGAACUUUUAAAUAGAA